AUGGCAGAGGUCGAGCAGGUUGAACGAGCAGCCUCGCCCACAUCGCGCCUUCCGGUUUCUGUACGCAAGUUGGCCACCUCAAGCGAUUCGAACAGCCCGCCAUCAACGCGGGAAAGCUCUAGAGCCAAUUCUCCGUCGACCUUCAAGCGCCCGGCGCCUGCAAGUAAGACAACUCGGACAACUACACCUGUCAAUCGUGCCAAGACACCUACUCGAGCGAAAACACCUACUCAAGCAACACCGGGACGGAAACCUGCGCCUCGAGGACUCGUGACCCCGAAUAACAAUACCCGCCUCACUGCAUAUGUGGCAGCACCACCUCCGAAGCUAUCUCCUCCAUUGCGCAGUUCUCGACCCCGACAGUCUGUAUCGACAGCCACCACGGCAAGUUCGCGCUUGAAAGCCGUUGACAGGUCCAAGUCGCCGCACAAGCCUGCGCCGAAGCAGUCCUUGAAGCCCGAUGGAACAACGACCCGAAGACGGAAGAUCUCGGUGGGCCCUAUUGACUUUGAGCAACGACGCGAACACAUCAGGCUGGCGUAUACUAAGUCUAUACGCGAUAGCCAGGUGCGGGAUGCAAAACAGGCAGCCGCGAAACGCAAGAAGGACGAAGAAUCUGCUGCUGCUGAGGAGGAAGAUAUUCCGCCAGUCCCGCCGAUUGAAGCCGAAUCGCCUCCAGUGGAUCAUAGCGAAACCUUCGAGAAGCCGGUGGAGGAACCUUCUGGAGAACCGGAACCGUCGGCGCAGCCUCCAUCGUCUGCACAGUCACCUCAGCCACUGACGGUUUCGACGAUAUUGCCACCCAUCGUUUCCCUCUCUCCGCCACAGCCUCAAGCUGCAGACUCCCCUACGCUGGGCAUUCCGGGCAGUUUCCCGGCCUUGAGCCCUCCUUUCGAGAGAGAAGAAGAAAUCCCGCAAUCCGCAAUCUCGGCCACUUCGGAGACUACCGAGUUUGACAAUGAGCCACAGGAACUUCCACCUGUGCAGCUAGAACCCGCGCAACCUCCUACUGGGCUUGGACUGACGAUUGUUCAAGCGGACGGUAACCACGAGCAGGCUGAACUGGAAGAAGUGCGGCGUGCGCCAACCCCCGAAAAGAACGAGCCCGAGGAAAUUCAGGUAGAAUUGGAGGCCGAGACCACCGAAGCCAAAGAGCAGCCCCCGUCGCCAGCGCUGGAGAAGAAGGCUGAACCCGAGGAAGAGCCACGACUGCCGACACCAGAAAAGGCGGAAUACCAAUCCCCGUUCGAGGAGGAUGAGUCCGCAGGGGACGAUGCGGUUUCAAUCAAGAUCUCGUUGGAACCAACAUCUUCCCAUCAAUCGCCUGAACCGACCGUUCCUGGUGCAUUCGCCAACUCGCGGCCGAUGUCUGAGUACGAGCCGAUUCCAUUCUCGAGCCCACCGUACGAAACAACGGUCAAGAUUCUCAGGCGGGAAUCUGAAUAUGAUUCUCCUAGACAGGAAACAAUUCCGUUUCCAAGAAUGGAGUCGUAUGAUGACUUUGACGAUCAGAGUCAAAUGGGCGAUAUGGAUGGGUCCGUGUGUGGUGUGUCUUACUUCCACCACAAUGCGGAGAAGGAUUUGGGAUCAGCGAGCGACACCCUUGAGAAGCCUGAAGACUUCUACGGUGAGCACCACAAGGACAAUGAUUCGUCUCAACGAGCAUCUACUUGCGAGUCCUCUGAUCCGCGAGAUGACCCUCAUAAAACGAGCCUCGAAAGCCAGCAAACUCCCGACACAUCUCGCAGCCUGAUGGUUCCCUCGAUGCAUGCGACUGUGAACCGGACCAGCCAACAAUCCGCAUGGACUGAUUUUUCGGUCGACAGCGAUGAACCCAUCCACCACAGGAUUUCGGCCUUUGACGAUGUUCUUCCGAUCCCCAAGCCGCCCUAUGCAUCGGAGUCGACGUUUGGAUCGGGCUCUAGCAGAGACUCGUCUGCCCGACAGAGUGAACAUUACAGCCCUGACUUUGCGCCAUCAGAUACAGCAGCCGCUCAGCCGUCCAACCGUGCGACCAUUCACCAGCUGCCGGAGUUGGAUACUGGAGAUGGAUUUUCGGUUCCUUAUAUCGAUGAGAGUCACUUCCCGCACCGGAAGGCGGAUCCUACCUUGCCACGGCCAGAACAUGAGCCUCCGCCAGUUCCUGCGUCUACACGAGUUCGUGACAGGCGAACGGCAGCUAGCAGCUUCUACGCCGAAACACUUCCUGGAAGUACCCUCGCGGGCUCUUCUCGGCGUCAGAGCGAAGAUGUAUCACGCCCCGUUUCCACCACCCAGUCCAUCGACCACAUGUCGAUCGAAACCAGAGAGUAUUCUCUGGGCGGCCAGACUCCGGUUGAGUCGAUAGCAACACCCAGUCUGAAAGACGGACCGACCGGGAAAGAGAAACACCGCCUAGUUCAACGACGCAACGUGAUCAGAGAACUCGUCGACACCGAGAUGGUCUUUGUGAGGGACUUGAAUAUCGUGGAGGAGAUUUACAAGGGCACCGCCGAAGCUUGUCCACGACUGGAUGACAAAACCAUAAAGCUCAUCUUCAGAAAUACCGACGAGAUCAUUACCUUCCAUACCAUGUUCUGUGCUCAGCUUAAGGAAGCUGUUUGCACGGUUUAUGUGCCUCACGGCAGGCGUUCCCCCUUGCCGAAGGAGGAUUCGGUUGCUUCGGAGCAGAUUGGAAACUCGUCCACGAAUCAAGUGGCGCCCGAACUCGGUGACGAUAACGACAAAGCCACGUCACUGGGUCCUCUCUUCAAUAAGCAUAUUGAACAGAUGAGAUUGGCGCAUGAGGGCUUCCUCAGAAAUAGCGACCACGCGGCCAAGCGCUUGAUUCAGAUCCAGCAAGACCCCACUGUCAAGGUCUGGCUCAAUGAGUGUAAUGAAGUGGCCAAGGACCUGACUGCGGCGUGGGAUCUGGAUUCUCUUCUCAUCAAACCCAUGCAGCGAAUUACAAAGUAUCCUAACCUCAUCCAAGAGCUUCUGCGACACACGCCCGAGGAUCAUCCGGACCGAGCCGAGCUGUUGUCAGCCAAGGAAACCCUGGAAUUGGCAAUUGUCGAGAUCAACAAGACGAAGAAGAACUUCGAGCUCGUCGGACAGAUUGUUGGCCGGAAGAGGAAGGAAUCCGAUGUGAAGGCCGGAUUUGCUCGGGCGUUUGGCAAGCGGGUCGAUAAGCUUCAGGCUGCAAGCUCAAAGAUUCCUGAAGAUGCCGUAUACGCCAAGCUCCACGAGAAAUUUGGCGACGACUACCUUCGGCUACAAGUUGUGCUCAGAGACGUGGAAUUCUACACUCGGCAAGUCAGCGCCUAUGUGCAUGAGUUCUUGCAGUACUUGUCUGCCAUGGAGCUUGUCAUGCGUCUUCAGCCUGGGAGCUAUCCGGAGCUGGAGAGCAAAUGGGUGCAAUUCAAUGUCUCCAUGAGAGAUAUCGAAAAGAUUGCCCUAGAAGAUCAUCUUCAGCAGGUCCGCAAGCAUGUCAUCGAGCCAUUCGAACAUGUGAUCAAAGCUUAUGGUAACCCCUCGUUGGCAAUGAAGAAGAGAGCAAAGAGACGGCUUGACUAUGAGAGAGCAGAACAAAUCAAGAAAGGCGGAAAGACAGUAGACGCCAGACUUAAGGAGUUGGUGGAACAGUACGACGCCCUCAACGAGACCCUUAAGAAGGAGUUGCCUCAGUUGUCCGCCUUGACAGAGAGGAUUGGAAACAUUUGUCUCGGCAACUUCGUCAAUAUUCAGGCGAACUGGUAUUCCAUCUGGGUGGAAAAGGUCAAGAAGGUCACCGGAGAGACGGGGCCGCCACCAGAGGUUCCCGACAUUGUCUCUGCUUUCCAACGAGACUACAAGUACGCGCAGGAACUGUUCGCCAACAUUGGGAUCCUGAACCCAGCAUACAGAGGCAGAACGUCACAGUCAACUACCGCAAGCACCGACGAUGUCACGACUAAGCACCGCCCGCGGCCAGCUGAGAUAUCGUCUCCACGAGCCAGAGGCUUGUCAGUCAAUGGUGACCAUGCCCCGAUGCUGCCGACACCCGAUUUUGCCAAGCGCCAUAGUGGACAGUUCACUCUGUCACCAAGCACUACACCACUUAGUCCCCACCAGUUCUACUAUAGGGACUACUACGCUGGUGCAACUGCUCAGCGACCUUCAGUGUCUGCCUCGCCAGUUACAGGUGACCAAUCACCUGUGCCACGUGCAAUUGCUCCCCCGCCCGCCACUCGGCCUGGCACUGGUCGAAGUUACGAAACAAAUGGUCUACCGAGACAGAGCUCAGAGUCGACAUCGAACAGCAGAAGAGACUCAAACCCAGCACACCCGCCCCAGCAUGCAGGCAAUGAAUCCAGACGCUUCUCUGGUCUGUUCCAUUCCGCAUUACCAAUGCCAGAUGGAGUGGAAGAAGGCCAAAGAUCAUCACGAGCAUCAUCGCGUGAGCGCACUCCAGCUGGAAACGGAUACAACAUACUUUGGCUGGCUGCAUCACUCUUCGAGUUCAACAUUGAAACAACAAAGCACGAGGCUGGCUACCCGUAUCUUACGUACCAAGCCGGUGAGAUCUUUGAUGUUAUUGCUGAGAAGGGCGAGCUCUGGCUUGCUAAAAACCAAGAUGACCCUGACGAUCAAGUCGGUUGGAUUUGGUCCAAGCACUUUGCAAAACUGGCCGAUUCUUAG